GUUUUCGAAAAGCAUUGUGAAUAAUGGUUCCUUGGAGUUUAUGUAUCACGAAUACUUAUUUUAUUUUGUUUGAACUUUUGGAUUCAGAAUAUUUUGGCUGCGCUACUAUUUCAGUUUCUAAUCAGAUUUCGUCACGAAUAUGAAUAACAGGCGUAGUUCAUCGUUUAAAGAAAUAAGUAUAGUUCAAGAUGCAAAAAAUCUGAGGGAUUCAUUUAACAGAAACUUACAUUUUUACGUCGUCAAAGAUCGUAACAUUGCUACAAUGCGUGAUUUUUAUGUUGCUCUGGCUAGGACUGUCUGGGAACAAUUAUGUUCUCGUUGGAUAAAAACACAGGAAGUUUAUGCCACAGAAGAUCCAAAAAUGGUCUACUUUUUAUCCAUGGAAUUUUUUAUGGGUCGUACACUGAAGAAUACAAUGCUUAACGUAGACACAGCAGAAGCUCUGGAUGAAGCAAUGUAUCAAAUAUCUGUGUCACCAACCUAACCACGCAAAUGCAAACUACGGUCUUCGUUAACUGAACUUCUCUCGGUUGUCAGUAAAGCAUGACACAAGUUUGGAAUGAUAUCAUGAAUGGUACAAUGGUAAACCAUCAUUGAAAACCUGGAAGCAUUGUAUGGCCGUUUCGUCCUGGUAUGAAACACCUCAAUAGUGCGCAUCUACCAUCCCUCACACGAGACUGGAACUCAGGACCUUCGGUCUCGCGCACAAGUAUUAAACAUUUUACUUUCAAUUGUCUAUAAAAACUACAUAUUAAUUCAUUCCACUAACUUAACAAAUAUCACCAUUGGUAAUAAUAAUGAUAAUAAUAAUAAUAGUAAUAAUAAUAAUCUCGAUCCUGUUUCUCUGGUUAGAGGUAAAUAGCAGAAACGUUUACAUUUAUUCAGUGUCUUACAAUCUGAUUAUUUGUAUAGGCAUUCUGCAUGUUUAUUAGAUCAUUACAAAGUCGAUUUUCAAAUGAAUCUCAUCAAGAAUUUAACAGUAGUGGAGUAGUGAGUUCUUUGUAUGAUAGCAAAGUGUAUAUAUGAGGCAACUAAAGUGCUCGAUAAAGUAGAACAUUCUAGUGUUUUGGUAUCUUUGAUCUUUCGUAAUAUGGUACAUCAAAUAUGAGCACUUUUCUAACCUAUUGGUAAUUACUGCGCGAAAAUUCAAUGACUUUUUAUUUCAGUAAUGAUCGCUCAUUUAUUCUAGCUUGGUUUGGAUAUUGAAGAAUUAGAAGAAAUGGAAUGCGAUGCAGGACUUGGCAAUGGUGGUUUGGGUCGACUGGCUGCAUGUUUUCUUGACUCAAUGGCUACAAUUGGUUUAGCAGCUUAUGGUUACGGAAUACGUUAUGAAAAUGGCGCUUUUCAUCAGGUGAUAAAGGAUGGAUGGCAGGUUGAAGAACCGGAUGAAUGGUUACUUUAUGGUAAUCCUUGGGAGAAAGAACGCCCUGAAUUCACUCGCAUAGUUCAGUUUUACGGUAGAGUUAUGCGCAAUCAUUUAGAUCAAUGUAAAUGGGUUGACACAGAAACAAUAUGUGCCCUACCUUAUGAAGUUCCUAUACCUGGAUAUCGUAAUCAGACAUGUAAUACGCUUAGAUUAUGGUCCGCUAAGGGCAGGAAAUACUUUGAUACGAAAAUUAUUCAUAACAAUGAUUAUAUAAAUGCUAUACUUGGCCGUAAUGAAGCUGAAAAUAUUUCUCGUGUUCUUUAUCCAAUUGAAAGUGCAUUCGAAGGUAAAGAAUUGCAAUUAAAACAGGAAUACUUUCUUGUAUCCGCUACAUUACAAGAUAUACUGUAUCAGUUUAAAUCAUCUUAUCCAACUUAUGAACUAUUUGAAUUACCAAAUAAAGUUGUAAUUCAUAUCAAUGAUACACAUCCAGCAUUAGCUAUUCCUGAACUAUUGAGGAUUCUAGUUGAUAUAGAGUGUAUGGAUUGGAUUGAUGCAUGGGAUAUAUGUUCACGUGUAUUUACUCAUACAAAUCAUGUAUCACAAGUAGAAUGUUUAAAGUAUUGGCCAUUAGAUAUGCUUCAACGUGUUCUACCUAGACAUGUGGAAAUUAUACGCAAUAUCGAUUAUCAUUUUAAAAGUGUCAUAAACAGAAGGUGGCCAAGUGACGAAAAUCGAUUCCAACGUAUGUCGAUAUUUCAAGAGAUCAAUGAACCUGUUGUUAGUAUGGACCAUUUAUGCAUAAUUGGAUCACAUUUUGUCAAUGGUGUUUCAAUUUUUCAAACGAACCAUUUAGUAAAUACCUUAUUUAAGGAUUUUGCCGAUUUAUGGCCAUCGAAAUUUACCAAUAAAACAAAUGGCAUUAGUCCGAGACGUUGGUUAUUGGUAUGUAAUCCAGGCCUAACCGAUCUUAUUCGAACCACCAUACAAUCUGACGAUUGGGUAAAAAAUCUUAUAAUGUUGAAUCGAUUGAAAGAAAAAUUAAAUGAUGCAAAUUUUCGAAAUCGCCUUAUAUUAAUUAAACAAGACAAUAAAAAUCGAUUUGUUGCUUAUAUGCAACAGCAUAGAAAUAUUCAAUUAAAUCCAAGUUCCAUUUUUGAUGUUCAUGUAAAACGUGUUCUAGAAUACAAGCGUCCACUCCUACCAUGUUUAUAUGCUAUAACUAUGUAUAACCGUUUAAGAGCAAAUCCUGAAAUGAAAAUGUGUCCUAGAACAAUUAUUAUUGGCGGUAAAGCUGCGCCUGGAUACCACAUGGCUAAAAUGAUUAUAAAAUUAAUUAAUUCAGUUGCAAGAAUAAUUGAUUUCGAUCCAAUUACAACGGGUAAACUUAAACUUAUAUUUUUACGAAACUAUCGGGUCAGUUUGGCUGAACGUAUUAUACCCGCAACAGAUUUAUCUGAACAAAUUCCAUGUGUUGGAACAGAAGCAUCAGGAACAGGGAAUAUGAAGUUUAUGUUGAACGGUGCAUUAACUAUUGGAACCAUGGAUGGAUCAAAUAUUGAAAUAUUUCAAGAAGUUGGUCACUCAAAUGCAUUUGUCUUUGGUCGUACUAUUGAAGAAGUCAAUUAUUUGCGGAAAACAGGAUAUAAUCCAAUGAGAUAUGUAUCUUCCAAUCCAGAACUUCGUUUAUGCUUAGAUCAAAUACGUGAUGGUUAUUACUGUCCAAAUGAACCUGAUUUAUUUAAAGAUCUAUAUAAUAAGCUAGUUACAGAAGAUAAAUUUAUGGUAUGCGCAGAUUAUGGUGAUUAUAUGCGUGCUCAGGCUGAAGUUGAAUCAGCAUACAAGGAUGAAGUAAAAUGGUCAAAAAUGGUUCUAAUGAAUAUAGCUGCAGCUGGAAAAUUUUCCUCUGAUCGUACAGUACGUGAAUAUGCACGUGAUAUUUGGAGAGUAGAUCCAGUUAUUGUAAAAGAAUCUAUAAAAUGUAAUUCAGAAAAUAAUAACAAUCUAAGAUUCUGUUCCAAUAAUUAAAGUAAGAAGGUUGAAUGAUAAAGAGAACAAUAGACGAG